AAAGUUUUUGUUUUAUAAAUGGAAUUUAAACUAAAGAGAAGGAUGAUAUAAUGUUCGAAGUUUGCAGUGAAUUACAUUUUUUUGUGUUUUAUAUUGUGGGGAGGUGAUGACUUUUAGAAAGGCAAAGCAAAAACAACAACAAUUCAUUUGCAGAAUCUGGAAAUUCUAACAAAAUGUAGCAGAAAAGUUAGAUACCAGGGAAUUGAUAGAUGAAACUAUCUAAUCAAAUAUGUAAAACUGUCAACACGACAACAGAAAAAUUGUGUGGUGUUGUCUGAAGGAAAAUGAAGAGUUUAUUUGCAUAAACUCCCAAGAGUGCAAAAGGAUAAAGAUUGGAACUAUGCUAUCCAAGCUUGAAAUUUUAUAGUUUAUGUUGUUGACUUUUAUGAUGAUUGAACCUGUUCCAAAAAUAGUAAUUGAAGCAAGAAGUUCGGAAAUUUGUACAUUUGGGGAAACAUUGACAAAUGGGGGUAGAAUCGAAAAAUAUGAAGUUGUCACAAAAUUCUAUGGAAGAGAUCGAGAUAUUUAAGACUGCGGAGUCUCCAACGGGAGAAAGGAUUAAACUUUUUGUGGAUGAGUUGGAGGCACUUGAGCCAAUCGUUAAUGUUGAUACACCACGAGAUUUCCCGUUGCAGCCAUGUGUGGCGCCGGGAAUGGAUUUGGACUUUAUGUUGGAGAUCGAUGAAGAAUUAGAUUCUGGUCAAGAAGUACAAAGAAUAAGUGUUAUUAAUAAUCUUCCAGAUCUUCUAAAAGACAGCCAUGCUGACUGUAUGCGCAGGGUUGUCCCCAAAGUUCGGGAAGUUCUCCAUGUUGCUCAGGCAGACAUGCAAUUGGCGGCAUCGUCAGCAUUUGUUCAAAUCUUACGUAAAGACCUGGUUCCUGUACAAAACUACGCGUCCACAUUCCUACAGACCAUCUUAUCUAGUGUGGAUAACAAAGAUCCAGUGAGAGAUUGGGAUAUUGCCAAUGCCUGGUUAGAUACACUGUUAGAUGUUAUAGAUUUACUGCCAAAAGACAUCAUCAAGAAAGAGAUAUUAACGAUAGCAAUAGAAAAGGGGCAGUUGUCACAACCAGUUCAAACUAGAUUGUCAUGUUGUAAAAUCCUAGGCAAAAUUGCAACAAGAUUUGAGCCCUUCGUUAUAAAGAAGGAGAUACUGCCUAUUGUUCAGUCGCUGUGUCAGGAUGUGGAGUAUGAAGUACGAGGCUGUAUGUGUAUGCAGCUGGACCCGGUGUCGAGGGGACUUGGCUUGGAAGCCACCAAAAGUGCAAUACUACCUGAGUUGGUAGAGUUAACAAAUGAUGAGGAAAGUUAUGUUAGAAUAGCUGGAUUACAAACUGUUGUCAAUAUACUCACACUUGUUGAUGAAGAUACAUGUAGAGCAACAUUAAUACCUCUAGUAUGUAAGUUCUGUCAGCAGUCAGUGAAGACAGAAGAUGUCACACUACCUGUUGUUGCCAGGGAGAUCGGCAAACUUUGUCAUGGCUUCUCAGCAUAUUUAACUGAUGAACAAAAGUCUUGGUUCAUUGAUUUCUUCAAGCAAUUAUGUAAGGUCGGACUCAAUGAGAACAAAUCAAAUAAAAACAAAGAUGCUGAGAAAGAGUCUCCCUCGAAAGACCAGCAGGUACCCCUGUUACCUGACAUCAUUGAAUUACAAGACCGCCUUAUUGAAACAAGAAGAAAUUGUGCAUUUAAUUUUCCUGCAAUGGUAUUAUUUGUUGGUGCAAAGUCAUUCAAGUCAGAGUUGGGUGUUUGUUUCUCUAAUAUAUGUAAGGAUCCUAACGUUGAAGUACGAAAAACACUAUCAUCAGGAUUUCAUGAGAUUGCUGCUAUUAUGGGAAGUCAUGUGAGUAACCUUCAGGGAGAUAUGAUAAUGUUACUGCGAGAUGAGAAUACAGAAGUGUUGAAGGGAAUUAUAACUCACCUGCCAGAGACACUUACCUCAGUUUGUGGUCCUCUUACCCAUCAGGCCAUGCAUGAAGUCAAGCAAAAUCAGAUAGCAGAUCUUAUACCAGCAAUAUUGUCAGCUGAGAUUGUGAUAGCUGCAUCUAAUGACUGGCGACUUCAGGAAACUAUAAUAGAACACUUCAAAUGUUUCCAAUAUCUCACAAACAGUGAAAAUAUCUAUCAUAAAAUCAUUCCAGUUCUAUUGAUUAAACUGAAGAGAGCUAGGGCAUUACCUGUGAAACUUGCAGCAGCACGCUCAACAUUAUUCCUGCUGAGAAAUCUCAAAAAGAUGGAGCAGCGAGCAGAACUUCUUAAUACACUUGUUACAGAUUUCUGCCAUGGUAAAAGCUGCCACCAGAGAUCUUUAUUUAUUGACAUUUGUAGAGUGACUAUAGAAUAUUAUUCCAAAUCAUUCUUCAAAGAGACAUUUUUCGAGUAUUUGUUAAGUUUACACACGGACCCUAUUGCGAAUAUUCGUUAUCGGUUGUGUUCAAUAUUACCGGAUUUAAAACGUUUAUUAAAGUUACCAAGUGACAGGACACUUUCACAACUGUUGGACGCAUGUGUUCGGAGAUUAUUAAUUGGUGAGAAAGAUAGGGAUGUUAGUCAGGCAAUAAAAUGUGCAGUUGAAGAAAUGGAUAAAACACCUGUGUAUAUGGAAUCAGGGUUGUCACGGCGGAUCAUGAUGGAAGAAGAUAUUGAAGAUCAGAAAAAGGAAGCAGAGGAGAAAAAACUUAUUGAAUUGGAGGAGAGAGAGUUGAAGAAAGAGGAGGAGGCAGCUAAAGCUAAAGCUGAGAAGAAAGGUCAUAAAGAUAGUGCGUCAAAAAUUCCAGCACCAAAAAAGGGUAAAAGUGCAAGUUCCAGUGUUGGUAAACAGGAGCGUGAAUCUGCCGGCGUAAAACGUACGCCGAGUACAACCAGUUCUAACUCCGGCUCUACUUCCUCUGUUAAAGAAACUGAAUCUAGGAUACCAUUAGCUAACAGGUCCAAGUUAGCUAGGACAAAGUCAGAUUCUACUGCCAGCAAGUCUAUGACAAAAACAUCAAGAUCUGGUGCUAGUGGAGUACCCACACCCAGUAGUGCUGGCUCUAGUUCUAGGAAAAUAUCAACAUCCAAACUGGCAUCAUCAGAAGCAAGUACCCGUCGUGGAUCUUUCAAUAACUCCCCUACCGCUACCUCAGAUAAAACAGUAAGAAAAAAUAGUAAUGGAAGCAUUCCAACAGCCAAAUCAAAGAAAUCGAAAUGAUAGAGGGCAGUGUGAGAACUGUUGACAUUAUUUGUUGUAGAUGCACAAAUUAUACUGCAUUGAUAAAAGCUGGUCUGUGAUCUACCCUGUAACGUGAUACAAAACCUUACAUUAUACAUCUGCUAAAAUGCUCAUCAGGUGAGAAUGUGACACUGAUUCAAGUUCAACUCUUAUCAAGUGGGCAUUGAUUAAAAUGUGCAGAAAAACCUGAUGGAAACAAUUGUGUGAUGACAGAAAAUGCAAUGCAUUGAAGGAAUAUACGCUGAAGUAGAAAAACGGUGACCAUAUCUGAGAGGAAUUCCUUCCUUUAUUCACAUAUCACAUGAGUACAGUUACAAGAUGUAUUUAAAUGUGAGAAGUUGAUGGAUCAGGUGAUCAGUAUAUAUAAAGUGUGAUGGUACUCUUCUCACCAAAACUACAUUUACUGUUAAAGUUGUACAGACAAUACAAGUAUGGUUUUAACAAGAAUAAAUUCUGAUGAUGAAAGGGUUUGAAUUGUGACUAUUCAUGUUGUAAAAGAUGAAAUUGUUUGUUUGUUGUUUUUUUUUCUGAAUGUUUUAUUUUCUCCAUAGAUGAUAAAUAAAUAAUGUGUAUACAUGGGUCAUGUAAUUUCAUAUACACUAUUUUGUGUUCUGUGUAUAUGGGAAGUUACACAGCUGUUCAUAUUUGAGCCGCGUCAUGACAAAACCAACGUAAUGCGUUUGCGACCAGCAUGGAUCCAGACAAGCCUGCACAUCCGCGCAGUCUGAUCAGGAUCCAUGCUGUUCGCUUACAAACCUUAUUACAAGUAGAGAAACUGAUAGCGAACAGCAUGGAUCCUGAUCAGACUGCGCGGAGGCGCAGGCUGGUCUGGAUCCAUGCUGGUAGCAAACCCACUAUGUUGAAUUUGUUGUGACGCGGCUCAUUUUAUAAUGUUUUAAGGUGCUUUCAUUGAGUUGAGAGACUGAUAAGAUGUGGUUUGAAGCGGUUUAUACUGGUAUAUAUCCCAUUAUUGUGGUCAAAAAAUGAAAUGCAUUUAUUGGUGCCUGUAUUUGACAAUAUGGGUUAAAAACUGAAGUGUAAUUUAUUGUAUGUUGAGAGAGGUAUUUCUUUUAUAGAUAUAUGGAUGGUAACAUACUUGAGCAGGGUGCUGAUGUUGAAAUAUUUGAGACCUAAAAUAGAUCUGAUUUGAAGAUGCAGUUAUGCAGUUAGAUAUCUGUGAUUGUUUUUAAUCAGAUAUAUUUAAUCAAUCAUACUCUGUAAGCAAGUUUUGUAUGUUCAAUAGAUUUUCAGUUGUGGCUGUGACAAACCAGUACAUUAUACAAUGGUAUAUGGUAACUUGGUUUGUUUGGACAGACUUUGAUUUAUAUAUCAAACACAUAAAUAACAUAUCUUUAAUUAAAGGAUGACAGGGAGUAAUUUGUAAAUCAAAAUGAACCAGCUCAUUACUUAAAGUUAUUAGAUGUAGACAUAUUAUACAGCUCUGUUUUAGAAGUCUUUUUUCCAUGGACUCCAGCUAUGUUAAUGUUUAACCUGUAAACUGUUGAAACCAAAAGUGACAAGCUUUUUUUAGCCAGGCUUCAUACUGUUGAUAUCGAAAUCCCUUAAACUUUGAACAGACUGUUUCAAAUUCAAUGUAGGGCAUAUAUAUUUCACUAAUUAGGUACUAAUUAAGCAGGUAUUGUUUAAAUAUGAAUGCCCUGUAUAAAAUCUCACUGGCUAUAAAUUUGUUAUAAAACAGCUAUAAUUUUACAAGUUUUAUACUUAGACUAGAAUAUUUAUUAAUGUUACAUUCCAAUAUAACCUUAUUCCAUGAUUAAAUAAAUAAUGUAUUAUGUGCAUUUAUAUAUGGAAUGAAAAUCUUUGUAAUUAAGAUUGGUGUCUUUGUCAAUCUCUUGCAUAUGGUGACAUCUGUUUAUAAAUAAAUAUACAAAACUUAAAUACAAUAAUAGUAUAUUUGACUGGGGCAAUAUGUACACUGUAACAUUUAAAUCGGACUGUUUAGUUCUUAUUUGUUGUUUUUGCUCUUCUAACAUUAAGUUCUUCAAAUGCAUUUCAAACUUGUGUAUUUGUGUUCUUUUUAACUUUUUUUUAUAAACUACAUUUCAAUGUUCUUUCUAUGAUUUGAAAUUAAUAGAUACAUUCUUGUGUCUGAUUUCAGUGUUAAAUAAAAAGCAGAUUUAUAUAUGUAUAUAAUAUAUCAUGUCCAGGAAAUUAAAAAUUUACAUUUAAGUCAUGAUAUUACUUUCAUUUGUUCACUAUGUUUAUUUUUUUUUAAAUUAAACCGAGGACACAUAUAGUUAAUUACAACAUAAACUUUCUCAGGAUAUUCUGGGCGUAUUAUUUUAUAGCAAUUUCAGAAUUACAGCAUUGCAGUUACAUGUUCAGUUUUAACAUAGUUCUGUAUGUAGUUUGUUGUUCAAUGUCUUAACAUUUGUUAAUGGGACAGAAAGAGAAUUAUGUAUUCUGAUGGAAAAUUAUAAAUUAAAUAUAAUACAAAGGUCUAAAGUAAAUUGGUAAUUUCACAGUUUUAGGUUCAAAAUAAAUUUUACUUUUUGUUUUAGAUAAACUUUUUGGUUGGUUACUUGUGUCAUAAUUUGUUGUUUAAUCAAAGUCAUUUGAAAAGUUUGCUUAUUUCUCAACAUUAAAUUUCUAUGAGCAAAGGGAAACUUUCUUCUUUUUUUUCAAUAUGUAUACAUGGACUAAUACAUCGGCCAAAGCUAUAUAGCUAUAUUUAAUAAUAAGUUUUCAUGUAAAAAUUGAGAAAUUCUUGAAAUACAUCUACAUGUUUAGCAAUCAAUUCUGAUUAUGACUUGCAGGCUGCCUCUCUGAUAUAUGUAUUUAUUUCCUUAUCAAACAUAAGAAACUGAUUUAUGGGUAUGUCAGUAUGUGUAUUAUUUGAUAAUAAUAUUUGUGCCACCUACCAUGAAAGCUAGUUAUUUCUAGGUGCUUUCUUGCUAAUGCCAUAUAACCUCACUAUUGCCAUAUAUCAGUAUUUAUGUUAUAUAAAAUCUAGAAAUAACUCUUAGUCAACUCUACUAACUCAAAGACAAACAUAUAGAAUGUGACAGCCUGCCUGGCUUGAAUGAUCCCUUUACAAGUUUAGAUAAGGUUUAAGUUCAUAGAUAUUCAGAAGGUAAUCAAGUGAGCCAAUGAUAUCAGCAGAUACAUAUGACUCGUAAUUGUUGAAUAUUAUUAAAAUAUACAUGCACAGUACUUGUAUUUUCUAUUUGAUAAUAAACUGUAUGUAAACCAGUAGAUAAAUAGAUAUUAAACAUUAGAUUAGCUUAUUAUUCUGUACUGAACUAGUUCAUCCAUCUACAGUUUGGAAUACUUUGAUAUCAUAUUGUUACUAUGAACAUUGGUUGUCUAUGCCAAUAGCAUGUAAGUUUAUCUCUCUAUACAUCUGUGCAGUCUGAUCUGGCUAUCCUUUAAAAAUGCUUAAUUUUAAACAUUUUUUAUUCUGGGAAGGCAUAUAGGCAGACACUUGUAAAAUAAAAGUCUUACAUAGAUUAAGAGUGGUUGAAUGUCCACCAGAUAUUAAAGUUUUCUGAAUUUGUUUGAUGGAUUGACUUUCUUAUAGACGGCAAUAAAAGAAGAUAAAAAUGCAAUUUGUAUGGCAUAAUGAGAUUUUUUUGAUAGUUUAGACAUUUUUGUUGUUGUUUUACUGAUUCAGAUUAGUUGUGUGUUCUUUUGUUGUGUUUUAUAUAAUUUCAAUGCAAUGUUAGUUUUUCAUUUUAAACUUUUUCCUACUUCUAUUUAUACUAAGUAUAAAAUAAGUACUAGCCAAAAUGUGUCCUUGAAUUUAUCCAGAUUGUUUUUUGCUGUCCCUGUUUUGCAUUACUUUUUGAUUUAAAGACAUGCUUUUUGUUUGAUGAAAGAGUAUUUUAGUCAGUGUGUGAUGACAAUGCGUGCAGAAAUAGAUAAAAUAUUUAACAUAAUUGGAUAUACUACAUCUUUAAUUAGUUCAAUUAAAGCUUUGCUUAUAUGAAUAUUUAACAGAAUGUAUUUUUUUCUCAUGUAGAAACAUGCUUCAAAUAUUUUAUUUAUCAGUUCUAUCCAGUUCCUUCAUGUAUUUAAACAUGAAGUUUCCUAAAAGUCAUGCACCUUGUAAUUACCACAUGAUUUGUCCAUGAAUGGGGCAGUGUAUAGUUUUCUAAGCUUCUCAAAUAACUUGUUUUUGUUUCCUCAAACAUUACACUGUCUGAAAAUAAUCUUCAUGUUCACUAUUCUUAUGAUUACAUUUCCAAAUGAACAGCUGGUUUACAAGAUACCUCUGUAGAACAUAUAUUGACAUCUUAUAUGUACUCUCAGUAUAUAUCAGAGAACGUCAGUCAGUCUCAGUUUACUAAAUAACUAGCAGCUGAAACUUGAAAACAAACAAUAGUUGAUAUUUACAUCUAUUUCAAUUUCCAAAAUAUUCCUUACAAAUGUCGACAUGACUGACCAGGGCCAACACUAAUUGAUGAUUAUUUUAUACUGACUCCUAUAACAAUAGCUUAUAACAAAUUUGCCUAAAAUAAUGUGUGAUUUUUAGAAUAUUUGUUAACAUCAGUGUAAUAAAACACAACAUGUAUAUAAAUAUCAAUUUGUCAAAGCUAGGCUUGCUCUCUUUGAUUUACUUUAUGUGUUUUAUGUUUAUUUUUUUCUUCUACCUGUAUUUGUUCUUAAAGAGUCCAGUGCAAUUUAUCACAAAGUGAUUCCUUGUCUAACUUCUUAACUAUCUUGUGUCUGUUUAUUUUUUAGUUUAUAUUGCUACCAUAGUUUGUCAUUUUUUGCACAUGUUAGACAUCUUUGUCAUGGAAUUUAUUUCAUGCAUUUUUUAUAGGAAAUUAUUUUGUUUGUGUAAUGAGAAAAGGAUAGGUAAGCAAAAACAUGUAGAAGAGUUUUCACGGUAAUGUCAUUGUGUCUGUGUAAUACUUGAAAUACAGAAAUAAUGCCUUGAUAUUUCACCCAUAAUCAGCUGGUCAAUACUUGACAUAUCUAAAUAUUUCCCAGGCAAAACAAUUCCAGGUUUUUCUAAUGUAGGACUGUUAGGAUUUUUAUUCUGGUAGUUCUGAAGAUAGUAACAAUGUUAAGUUGGUUUAACAUGAUAAAGUCGUGCAGUAAAAUUUUCAUUUGUCAGCAUGUUGUAGAACAUUUUUCUGCUUAAAGUGUAAAACAUAUUAUUUAGAUUAUGUUACAGUCAUUUGAAAAAAACCAUUGAUUUCAUCUGGUAUUGAGCAUUUUUGUUCUUCAAAUUUUCUUCAAUAAAAUAUUUGUUUAAAAAUUAUUUUACUUUUCUGUUUGACAUGGUGAUAUGUACAUUUGACAUGUCACAGACUGGCAAUUCUGACAGCGGUUAUUCUUUGACAGAUUUUUUUUCUGAGAAAAAACCCUAAAAGAUAUUUUUAUAUAUCAGGCAAUAAAUGUCAUCUUUUUCUUUCUUGUUUUGUUGUUCUUAAUGCUUUUAUUUUCAGAAACAUGAAUUUUGUUCACAGUUUAAGGUGUGUAAAAGAAGAAAUUAUGAUAUAUGUUUUUUUGUUGAUUGUUGUUAAUUGUAAAAUAAAAUUUUAUUUUUCAAAUACAGUGUUUGAUUAUAGCAGCUGUAAGAUUAUGAAUAAAAUAGAUUAUCUGUGCUGUAUGUGUCUCUUGUUCUUACAUCUUC